AUUUUUAAUGGCAGUAUGACUAAGAGUUGUCAGUGGAAUCAGCUUUCAUUACGACGUUUUUCUAUCAUGGCGUCCGCCGUCGGUAGGAUUUGUGGGGCACGUCUUUUGAAAAAUUAUGGCUUAGUGGCACCCCAGGUUUGUCAGCUGUCCACCGGCGCCCAAGGAUGGACAAAGAACAGAAAACUGUGGCUCUCAACAGUAGGAGUAGUUGGAUCUGGUGUUGGUGCACUGCUGUUUGCUCUUGAACAGUCAGUCCAGGCUUCAGGAUCAGAAGCCCAUGCACCUCACCAACCUUGGAGUCACGACGGAUGGUUCAAAUCAUUAGACCAUGCUAGUGUUCGCCGAGGCUACGAAGUGUACAAGCAAGUGUGCAGAGCCUGCCACUCUCUGCAGUACAUUGCCUUCCGAAACCUCGUCAAUGUAACCCACACUGAAGAAGAGGCGAAGGCUGAAGCCGCUGAAGCAAUGAUUAAGGAUGGCCCCGAUGAGGAGGGUAACUACUUCGAGAGGCCAGGCAAGUUGUCUGACUACCUCCCGUCGCCGUACCCCAACGAGAAUGCUGCUCGAGCAGCUAACAACGGUGCCUAUCCUCCCGAUCUGUCGCUGAUCUGCUCGGGUCGUAAGGGUGGAGAAGACUACAUAUUCGCUCUACUCACUGGCUACAUGGACGCUCCCGCUGGCGUGGUGCUCCGUGAAGGACAGAACUACAACCCGUACUUCCCCGGCGGUGCUAUUUCGAUGGCCCAAGUACUUUUCGACGAGGCCGCUGAGUACAGCGACGGUACGCCUGCGACGGCCUCGCAGCUAGCCAAGGACGUGGCGACGUUCCUCCGAUGGUGCUCAGAGCCGGAGCUAGACGACAGGCGACUCAUGACCAUCAAGGCCAUCGGCAUGUUCUCCAUGCUGGCCGCUGUCGCCUACUACUUCAAACGACACAAGUGGUCCACACUCAAGUCUAGAAAGCUAGCCUACAAACCCGUCUCUAAGAAAUAAACCGCCACCAAAACAACAGUAGUAUAAACAAACGUUUUAGACAAUUUUUUUUCGAUAGGCACAGUAACAUGUUAUUUGUUUAUAUUAUUAAAUUAAUUUAUUUUAUAUUUGAUCGCGUUUAUUUCUUUCCUCAAGUUUCGUAAUCAUGUUGCUUCGUCGUGACCGCUGUUACCAUACGUAUAAGGGGUACGCAUCGUGUGGUGAUAGGAGACUAGCCUCGGGGUGCGCUACUGUGUAAUAAUAAUAUUGAUUGAUAGAGCAUUUCGUCAUCGCGUAUGUUGGAUGAUGUAGCACAGUGAAAUUACUUAAAUCUAGGUAAUCCGAUUAUAACUGUGCUUGUGAUUUUCCAUUAAAGUUAUAACUGUGAAUCAGUGUACAGUUGAAUAAAUGAGUUAUUGAAAAUCAGA